ACUAAUCCUCUGCUGUUCAGCUAUCACAGCAAGCAACGAGCGAUGAGACUCUUCAUCUUGAUCAGUCUAUCCUUUCUAGGGAUCACAAGAUCUUCAAAAUGUAUUUAUCAGAUGAGAACUCGUACUGUGGAGACUGGAGGUUCUGUUACCAUUCCAUGUUCACACUCCGACCUGGAGGACCUGGAUAAAGAUAAACAGAUCAUUUGGGGGGAGACAGAUGGACAACUUUGUAUAUCUGCUAGGAUGAUCUAUUCCCCUGCUGGAAAUGUUAUAGAGAAAUAUAAGGGAAGACUCUACAGAGAGAAGGAUCCUAAUAGGAAUUGGACAGAAUAUAUCACAAUUACAGGACUGAAACCAACAGAUGGACCUACGUUUUGCUGCCAACUAUACAAUAGUAAACGUAAAAAUGUAAUUAGGUGGAAUACAUAUGGGACUCUUCUGCAGUUUUCAGAUUAUAUCACUCAGCUGGAUGAACUGAUGGCUAUUUCAGGUGAAGAGGUCAUCAUCCCGUGUUAUAACUCCAAAGACGCAUCAACUCUUACAUACGCCAGCUGGAGUUUUGUAGACCAUGCAUCUAACAAAUGUUCCUUUGCAAAUCCCUUGAUUGAAUCAAAUAUACAUCAACAGAACCGGUACUCUCUGGUCAAUUUCACUCAAGACAUCUCACUGCGUAUUCAUGAUAUUCACCUAAAAGAUCAUCAAAGUUAUUGCUGCUCUGUCACUGCUUCAGAAAAACCAAUGCUAAGCCAACAAUUUACAAGGCUGAUUGUUGCAGAUUUCCAACCAUCCUGGGAUCAGCUGACUAAUGAGAUCUCAGUACAAGAAGGACAUUCAGCGCUCCUUACCUGCUCCUACACCCUUUCUAGUAAUCAGUAUACAGAGAGAGAUGUACUGCGGGUCAAUGUAUAUUGGAGAGUGGGGAAGGUAACCGGACCGUAUGCCUACCACCCCUACCAGAAAAUGGUUCAUUCUACAUAUAGACAUCGGACAUCCAUAAUAGAGAUGACUAAUCUAAUGAUAAAGGGUGUGAUGAAGGCAGACAACACUUCAUUUCAUUGCUUUGUGGUGGUCAAACUGUGUGCAAGUUACAACCAAUAUGAAGAUGGCAUUCAGUAUGGAGGAGGAACCAGACUAAUCGUCAAUGAUACGUCUACUAUAGAAGGACACAGAACUAAUGAGGGAAAUGGCUCUGAUGAAAACAAAAAUCUCAUAAUCAUCAUUGUUGUCUCCUCUGUGGCUUUCCUGAUUAUCCUCAUAGUGCUCUUAAUAGUUUUAAAGGUAAAGGGUGUUAUUUGUAAAAAGAAAAUACAUUUUUCUGAACAACAGAUGAACAUCAUUCCAACUACAGAUAAUAUGACAACUGAGGAGUCACCAUACUGUGAAAUAAGCACAAAGAAACCUGAGGAUAUGCCGGUGGAUGGCACUGAUGAAGCGGCAAGUAACGAGAUGGAAAAUGGACAAGAUGGUAACCUUCUAUAUGCCAAGCUAAACACAACAAAACUGAAGGAGAAAAGUCCAGCUGGGAAUCCAAAGCAGAAUGAAGAGGUCGUCUAUGCUGCUGUAGUCAACACAACCUCCGGAUAGGGUUUAUGUCAUGUCAAAGUCAUCUUUAAAGUGCAUCUAUACUCAGGACCAAUAAUAUUAUAUAAAUGUAAUAUAAAUAAUAACAUAAUAGCAGCUUACCAAUAAUUAAAGCUGAUGACUGCAACUA